AUGGAGCCAAGUGAAGUUGGGAGUGGACCUCAAGAGAACCUUGAACAAACGGUCAUCAACGCUGUUGAAAAAGAAGAAGUUGAUGCUGUGCCCGCCCCAGCCGAGGAAAAAAGGGAUGAGACGCCACAAACGGCCGUAGAAGAAUCAACCAAGAUCGAACAAGAAGAAACGGAAGAACCAGAAAAGGAAGCUAAAGAUGCUCGACUUGAGGAACAGACAAAACCAGUCAGCGAAUCUGAUUCUGCAGAUGUCAAAAGUACUGAUAAUCGAUCACAAACAGCGGAGUCAGAAAGUUGUGCUCCCUCCUCAAGUGGGCAGAAUCCAGAGCAAUCUGCAAGCCAAGAGGAGAACAAAACCGCUAGUAGCAUAAGCGAGAGCGAAGAUCUUUCAGAAAAUCAAUCACGUGUUCAAGAAAUGUGCCCGGAAAAGGAGCGCAAAUUCCGCAUUGAGAACGAGCUCGUGCACAAAUUCGAAAUGAUCGACGGCGAACCUGCCGAGCAUCUGAUGGUGAAGGAGUAUCGUCGAAGUGCGGCUGAUCUCGUCGAAAUGAAUGAAGAAGAUUCGUUGAGAUCGAAAAGCAGCCUAGAAGCGUCGAUCCAGCACUUGCUGACCAACAUCAUGAUGCUCGAGGAGCCCUUCCAACUAAAAUUUGACUUCAUCGACGAUCGCUUGAGAGCAGUCCGGCAAGAACUAACCAUUCAGCGGCUAACGUUGACCUGGUUCGGCUGUAAACAGCUGUUAUCGUGCGUCAAGUUCUACCUGAUUGCUAGGCGUCUUUUUAAUACAGUCGACAUUGACGCUACUGCCAAUGCUGAUAGAUUACAUGCCUGCUCUACACGCAUUUUCGAGUGCAUCUCGUCCAUUUCCGAGUUUGUCAAGGCCAUCAAAAACGAAGAUCUCUUCGGCCGUGAAAUACAAACCACGCGCGACGCAUUUUCGGCAAUGAUCCUGACCAGACUAGAUGAUCUGAAGCCAUCUGGGCUGAUUUACUCGACAAUCUUCCACCGGAUGAGCGAGCUGCUCUCCAACGGCGUCUGCCUCUUGCCAAUCGAGCUGCUGAAAGCCUACAUGACCGAGAACUGGUGCAAAUUCGCUAGAAUUUUCAACAGACUCUCGCGCAUCCAGCAGAUCGCCGCUGAGCCUUAUGUUUUGAGCCUGCGCAAGGUGUGUCUAUCUUCCUGUGCCGUUGCCUACCACAACCAACAGAUCCCCCUUCGCAUGAUUUCAAGCUGGCUUGUAUUGACUGUUCGUGACACACGUCUGCUUCUUGAGUCCAGUGAAGGCGCAAAAGUGGCCGAAACGGACCAAGAUGGUGUUUUCGCCAUUUUCAACAAGAAAGAAUUCCAACUGCCCGAACACGAGUGUCUUUCCAAUCCAGCAGCUGGCGAGUUUUCCUUCCAAGUUCUAGCGCACAUGUUAAAAACAAGUCCAGAAGUUGGAGCAGAACUCCUAUCAAAUUCCACUACGGUUGAACGUAGCCCCGCAGUGCGCACGAAUCAACCCGCGGAUACUGGGAGAGUGCCUGUUCUAUCCAAAAAUCCUCUUGAUAAUAUUGCUAGCGACGACGACGAUACGCCGAUCUGGAUGAAAUCGGGGAACAAGUCUUACCGAAAAAAUCACCGCCGCCAGCGUGAUUCCGAAAAGAAGGAAAAGCAACGCCGGGAUAGUAAUCGGGACGAGAAGGAUUCUUUCCGCGAAAACGACCGCCACCACGACCACUGGUCAGAGCCCAAGAGGAGCGGGCACAAUCGACACCGAAAUCGAAAUAAAAAAGACAAUUUCGGAGGUUCGCGGGGCGCCCGAAAGCCAGGCUCUACUGCCUCUCGAAGCUGGCAACACGACGACCGUACCCGCACGGCUUACUAA